AUGGAGUCUCAGACCAAAACAGGGAAGGUUUUUCUCCAACCACGCAAAGCUGGCAAAAGAUGGAAGCCGGUGUGGAUGUCUCUUUUUCCCUGCAGUAGCAGUGGAGUGGGUCGCCUGGAGAUCCAGGAAAUUGGAGGCGGCGGUGCUGGAGGUGAUCAUGGUUCUGGGGUCAGGAGACAUCACCAGCUUCGUGAGGAAAAGAAGCUGAAAGUUGUCCGACUGUCCGAGCUGAUCAGCGUCCUCAGACUCCCCCCAAAUGCUGAGGCCUGUCCCAUGGAGAACAUGUCAGCAUUUUGUGUAGAGACACAGGACAGAACAAUGGUGUUUGCUGCACUCAAAGACGACUGUGUGGAGUGGGUAGAAAAACUGUGUCACAGCACGUUUCAGAAAGGUGUUGGCUCAGGCUCUCGUCAUCAUCAUAUGGAGGAGAACCAGAUUUAUGCCUCAACAGAUGAAGUCUCAGAGUUCUGGGUGGUGGUUCAGAGGAACGAUGCAGCGACACGUUGCGGCCUGCAGGGGUCGUACUGGCUCCAGGUGGGGCAAGAGGCACUGCUACUGAGAGAAACACAGAAGAACAUUGUUAGAGAAUGGCCCUAUGAACUGCUGAGACGAUAUGGAAAAGAUAAGCUGGCCUUAACCAUUGAAGCAGGUAGACGCUGUGACUCAGGUCCUGGAACGUUCAUCUUUGAGACACAGCAGGCUGAGAAAAUAUUCUCCCUGAUUCAGAGUACCAUCAAACGUAAGACUUCAACUGUUACCUCAGGAAACCAAAACCAAGAGGGUGAGAAAGUUAUUGUAACCAACAUACAGGCUCACUCCCCUCUCCCCAAAAUACCUGAUAUGACCAGUAUGGCUGCCAUUCUGGAGAACAACCCGAGGACACAGGAGAGGAAAUCUGCUGCUUUAGAAGAGAGUGCACACGCUCAAGAAGAUUUGGUUGGUUCAUCAGAGUGUGUAUCACAGCAGCCAGCUUCUAUCACCCUCAUGCCUCUCCCGCUGAUCCCCACACACGACAGCCACUCUGAAGGUCAGCUUGGUGACCAAUCAGAAGCUGUAUAUGCUGACCCAGCUGACUGUAUCCAAUCUGUACCAAAACGGCAACCAAACUCGGCCCUGUAUGUAGACCCUGCAAGUGUUCUCCCACUCAAACCCCCCAGUUCAAAAGAAUCUCUCACUAUCCCUCGUAACUCCUCUGCUCCACUUCCGUUAUUUAACAUUGAUCACCCAGAUUCAGUCUACUCGGAGGUGUACGACAAAAUAUUUCCACUCCAGAAUAAACAAACUUUCAGUCAGAGCAAGGGAAACACAAAGUGCUGUGCAGAUAAUGAACCCAUUUACAGUGAGCCCAUAAGCAAAAAAGAGGAAGUGUCUCGUAAAAAUGAAAGCAAACCAGACCCAUUUGCCCACCUUUACGCUCAAGUCUGCAAAACACCAUCAUCUAGUCUUUCGUCAUCCUCAAAAACCAUCCCUUCUAGCUCUGCUUCCUCAUCCAGCACAACAGAAGCCACGGACCAGUUGCUUGAUGAUGUCAUUUACGAAAACCUGGGCAUCAUUUAA